UUGAUUGUUUUCUUUCAUUUCUCGCAUGAAGGAAGGCUAUUAUUGCAGUACGUUGGCGAAUCAGAAUCCAACGUCCGGAAGCUGUUUGCUGAUGCUGAAGAAGAGUGGAGAAGAUGUGGCUCUAAUUCGGGGUUACAUAUCAUCAUCUUUGACGAAAUCGACGCCAUCUGCAAGCAGAGAGGUUCCAUGGCUGGGUCAUCAUCUGUCCAUGACACCGUCGUUAACCAGCUCCUUUCGAAAAUGGAUGGUGUGGAGCAGUUGAACAAUAUCCUUAAGUUGGACCCAGAAGUGAAUCUGGAAGAGCUGGCCAAGCGCACUAAGAAUUUCUCUGGUGCUGAAAUUGAAGGUCUCGUGAGAGCGGCUCAAUCCAGUGCGAUGAAUCGACUAGUGAAAGCUGGAGGAAAAGUUCAGCUUGAUCCCGAUGCCAUAGAGAAGUUGGUGAUAAAUGCCGCUGAUUUUGAAUACGCCUUGGAAAACGAUAUCAAACCGGCCUUCGGGCGAAGUGACGAAUCAUUAGAGAAAUUCCUCCGUCGUGGUAUGGUUGUAUGGGGUAGCGAAGUGACGCGUAUACUCGAAGAAGGUGCUCGCUUAGUUGAAGAGACCGUGAAUCCAGAUGCUGGAGGUUUUGUCACUGCUGUUCUAGCAGGUCCUCCACGAUCUGGAAAGAGCUUCCUGGCUGCUGAAAUUGCUCGCACAUCUGACUUCCCUCUUAUCAAGGUAGUAUCACCUGGAGAUAUGGUAGGAUUUUCUGAAUCGGCAAAGUGUCAAUGUCUCCGAAAAGCAUUUGCGGAUGCUUUCCGUUCGAAACUGAGCGUUCUUCUGAUAGAUAAUAUUGAACGAUUACUAGACUACUCACCUGUUGGUCCCCGUUUCUCUAACCUUGUUCUCCAGGCGCUGUUGGUUCUGUUGAAUGAGCCCCCCUCCACAGCCGUGCGUCUGCGGGAUCACCGACUCUUGGUACUUGCAACAUCAUCGAAUCGAUCGUUCCUGCGAGAACUCGAAAUAGUAAAUGCUUUCGGCGGUGAGUUUUGCCAGGGGGUCGUAAAAACUGUGAUUCUAGGAAGUUGCGAUGAAAUGUGUAGCCCGCCUUAUAUUUUAUAUGAAUAUUUGGCAAGAAAUAGUGGAGUUACUGUAGCGUCAACGUGA